AGUUCAUGGAUCCUGAUGAAAAUAAUCUGGCAUGUUCAGGAGACUAGUAUGUUUCUUUGUGGCCUGAGAAGCAUGAGAACACACUUGCUCAAACACAUUGAACCUCUUUUUCACAUUUUAAUUUCCUCCUAAUCUGCUUCCUUUUGCUGAGGAGAAUAUUUCCUCCUUACUCAUAGCUCCCACAGUCUGAGCCCGAGCUCAACUUUCACAGCUGGUCUGGCUGAGCAGCACACACACUACAUUCUUGGCUCUGAUUGGCUGCAGCUCAAGCAAUGGAGAAUUUGCAUAUAGCAGACUUUAGCACAGACACACACACACAAGCCUCUGCACUUACAUGAGAGUGAAGAAGCCAGCUGAGAACAGAGUUGUUGUUGACGUCACCUGGUGAAGAUGAAGAAAUCUGAGAAAGUAUCAGAAAUGAAAGUCUUCUCAGCUGCAGAUGACUCUAAAAGUUCCGUGCGCCUCUUGGGCCCUGAAGUCACUGCCAACCAGUUUUUUUAUGUCAAACCACAUCUUGAAAAAGUCUCACCGACCUGCUGCUCGGAGUGCGGAGUCGGACCAGUGAGCCACGAGUCAGGGAGCUGGCCACGUCGUGUGGGCCAGCAUGUCGAGCUGAUGGACCACAGGCAGCCACGAGAUACUGGAGCAAGUUUUUCCAGGAUGAAUUUCCAUCACCCGCCUCCCGGAAGCUGGGGCCCACGACCUGCAGACCCCAGACAGAGUCCCAGCUGCUGGGACUGUGGACCAAACCAGUGUGGAGCAGCAGGGCCUGCAAACAGGGACACGGCUGGAGGGGAGUAUGAAGACAGUUCUCAGCUUCAGAGCGAUGAAGAAGAACUUGAGCCUCCGCUGCCGCUGAGAUCUGAUGACGAGUGGCAACACAACAGCCCCUUUCUACCUCCUCACCACUAUACGCACAACUAUGGCCUUCAUCACACUGCGGAGGGCCGGUACUAUCCCUCUGCAGCAGCAGGGCAGUACGACCUCAGAUUCCCACCUCAGCCUCGCCCCCCCCUCUCUGCCCCCAGCCAGCACAGAAGACCCUGUGAUGCCCCCCCUACGUGGUUCCAAAGUCACGAUAGCUGUGUGAGCGACGGCUGGGCACAGGCUGAGGUCUCGGUUAACGUGCCGCAGUUCUCCGUCCCUCCCGUCAUGGGCAUGUCCCAGGUCAGCGUGAUGAACCUGAGCCCUGCAGGAGCCGAGGCGCCCGGGUCCCAUCCACUGGAGAGAAGAAGAACCGUCAGUCUGCCCGACGAGUGCCGAAACAUUUUUAUCACGUAUUCUUCGGACGUGUGCUCAGAGAUGGUUCCUUUCGUGGACUUCCUCACAAAGCAAGGUUUUCGUCCGGCAAUCGACCUAUUUGACGACCCUGUAAGAAGCCUGGACAUCAACAAGUGGAAGGACAGAUACUUAAAAGACCCGUCGUACCUGAUUAUCAUCGCCAUCAGUCCAAAGUAUAAAGCAGACAUCGACGGAUUGGUAGUGGACAGCCUCGGCCUUCACACUAAAUAUAUCCACUCCAUGAUGCAGAAUGAAUUCAUCCAACAAGGCAGCUUGAACUUCAGAUUCAUACCGGUUCUCUUCCUCAGCGCCUCCCAGAAGCACGUCCCCAGCUGGCUUCAGAACACGCACGUUUACCGCUGGCCGCACGACACUGAGGAUCUGCUGCUGCGGCUGCUGAGGGAGGAGAGAUACCUUCCUCCCCCUGUUCCGAUGGAGCUCACCCUCAUCAUCAGGCCCGUGGCCCCGAGUGCUGCAGCCACACUGUAGAAACACUCACCAGCAUUCAUGUGUUAUAGGUUUCUGUUUCAGUGUAUUUAUGAUUAUGUUCUGCAAUCCUCAAAAUCUAUCCUGAACAAAUCAAUGACAGUCCAUGGGUUAUGCUUUCUUGCGUCCAAUGUAUAGUUGUUGCUGAAAAGUUUCAAUAAAGUUUAUUUGUGUGUGUUAA